UUCUUCCGUGCCCUAACAGGCUAACCUCUUUCCUCGAUCUGAAAAUCGUAGCCCGCCAUUGUCAUUCCCAUAUCACUUCCUUUCUCUCCUAAUAACUUUCUCUUAUACCAUUCUUAAUUAAAUAAAAGUCCGUUAAUUAGUGGGUUUGAGAGGUUAAUUACAAUGGGAGUACCAGCAUUUUACCGAUGGUUAGCUGAGAAGUAUUCAAUGGUUAUAGUAGACGUCAUAGAAGAAGAAGCAGCUGUUAUUGAAGGAAUUAAAGUUCCAGUUGAUACGAGUAAACCUAACCCAAACAACAUCGAAUAUGAUAACCUUUAUUUGGAUAUGAAUGGUAUUAUUCAUCCUUGUUUUCACCCCGAAGAUCGACCUUCUCCAACAACAUUUGAUGAAGUGUUCCAUUGCAUGUUUGAUUACAUAGACAGGCUUUUCUCUAUGGUGCGUCCUCGAAAGCUGCUAUAUAUGGCUAUUGAUGGUGUUGCUCCAAGGGCCAAAAUGAACCAGCAAAGAUCUAGACGUUUUAGAUCAGCGAAAGAUGCAGCAGAUGCGGCAGCUGAGGAGGAAAAGUUGCGUGAGGAAUUUGAGAGGGAGGGUAGGAAGCUUCCUCCUAAACAAGCGUCCCAAGUUUUUGAUUCAAAUGUAAUUACUCCUGGGACUCAAUUCAUGGCCACAUUGUCGAUUGCUCUUCAAUAUUAUAUUCACCUUAGACUAAACCAUGAUCCAGGAUGGAAAAAUGUUAAGGUUAUACUUUCUGAUGCAAAUGUCCCUGGUGAAGGUGAGCAUAAAAUUAUGUCCUAUAUUCGUCUCCAAAGGAAUCUUUCUGGUUAUGAUCCAAAUACACGCCAUUGUCUUUAUGGUUUGGAUGCAGAUUUAAUUAUGUUGGGUUUGGCUACACAUGAAGUUCACUUCUCUAUACUCAGAGAGGUCGUAUUUACUCCAGGCCAGCAGGAUAAAUGUUUCCUCUGUGGUCAAAUGGGUCAUUUAGCUGCAAAUUGCGAAGGGAAGGCAAAACGAAAAGCAGGAGAGUUUGAUGAGAAAGGAGAUGUGGAGGUUGUGGCAAAAAAGCCAUUCCAGUUUCUCAACAUCUGGACUCUUCGGGAGUAUUUGGAAUAUGAUUUGAGAAUUCCCAAUCCUCCUUUUGCGAUUGAUUUAGAGCGUAUUGUUGAUGACUUCAUAUUUAUGUGCUUCUUCGUUGGCAAUGAUUUUCUACCACAUAUGCCCACUCUGGAGAUUCGCGAGGGCGCAAUAAACCUGUUGAUGGCUGUUUAUAAGAAGGAGUUUCGGUCUUUGGGAGGGUAUCUGACUGAUGCAAGCCAGCCAAACCUUGGCAGGGUAGAAUCUUUUAUUCAGGCGGUAGGAUCAUAUGAAGAUAAGAUUUUCCAAAAGAGAUCUCGCUUACAUCAGAGACAAUCUGAAAGAAUCAAGCGUGAUAAGGCGCAGGCAAAAAGAGGUGAUGACACUGCACCUCAAGCUGAACCUGAGUCUCUGGUUCCAGUAGCUCGAUUCCAUGGUUCUCGCCUAGCGGCGGGUCCUUCACCUUCUCCCUAUCAACAGGGAGGAGCUUCAAAAUCUUGUAGACCUGAUCAACUUGGGCAGGCCACCUCCAGUCUUUCCAUCCUUGACAGUAAGAAUGAGCAGUCUGACACUUCUGAUGAUAAACGAACUGUUGUCCGUGCGCAAAAAGUAUCACGUUUGAGUUCCGACGCCACGAUAGGAGCUGCAAUAGUUGAAGCUGAGAAUAGCCUUGAAAUUGAAGUUUCUGAAAACAAGGAAGAACUGAAAACAAAGCUAAACAAGUUGCUUCGUGACAAGAAUGAUAUUUUCAAUUCAGAGAAUCCUGAAGAAGACAAGGUCAAACUGGGAGCACCGGGAUGGAAAGAGAGAUAUUAUGAAGAAAAAUUUUCUGCAAAAACACCCGAGGAAAUGGAAGCAAUACGAAAAGACGUUGUGAUAAAAUAUACAGAGGGGCUAUGCUGGGUUAUGCACUAUUAUUAUGAGGGUGUUUGUUCCUGGCAGUGGUUUUAUCCCUAUCAUUACGCACCAUUUGCUUCUGAUCUUAAGGAUCUUGGGCAGCUGAAUAUCACAUUUGAACUAGGUUCACCUUUCAAGCCAUUCAAUCAGCUGUUGGGGGUCUUCCCUGCUGCCAGUGCUCAUGCUCUUCCUGAGCAGUAUAGGAGAUUGAUGACAGACCCAACUUCGCUCAUUAUUGAUUUUUAUCCUGCCGAUUUUGAGGUGGAUAUGAAUGGAAAACGCUUUUCUUGGCAGGGUAUUGCAAAAUUGCCUUUCAUUGAAGAAGCGAGGCUCCUAACAGAGAUUGCAAAAAUUGAACAUUCUUUGACGGAAGAAGAAGCACGAAGAAACAGCGUGAUGUGUGAUAUGCUUUUUGUGUCAUUAUCUCAUCCUUUGUCUCCAUGCAUUUUCUCUCUUGAUGAUCGCUGUAAGCAGCUUACAGACAACGAACGUUUCAAAGUCAAGGAGCAGUUGGACCCAAUAGCUAGGUCUUCUUGCAGCGGUGGGAUGAACGGAUACCUAUCCCUUUGCAUGGGAGAUCCUUGUCCUCCGAUUUUUAGAUCACCUAUUGAGGGGAUGGAAGAUAUUAAGCAAAAUCAAGUCAUAUGUGCAAUAUACAGACUUCCAGAUACUCAUAACCAUGUCGCUCGGCCAAUGGAAGGGGUUAUUUUCCCGAAGAAGAUGGUUACAUUAGGUGAUAUGAAACCUGAUCCUGUACUAUGGCAUGAGGAUACUAGAAAGAAACCUUGGGAAAAUGGACGGCACCACCACCCUGGUGCAAUUUCUGGUCGUCAGCUUGGAGAAGCUGCGCAUCGGCUGGUGGCUAAUAGUUUGCAGAAGAAAGAAGAUAGGGGUGGACAUGGUGAUUACAGGCGUGCAUAUAAUGGUCAGGGGCAUGGCGACCAACCAGCAUCCUAUCCUGCUGCACAUGGUCCUCCCUUUCCUUCAUUUCAAACCCAUAGAUAUAAUGUUCAUGAAAACACACGGCCUAGUUUCGGCCAUUCUGCUCGAGAUGUUGGAAAUCAACCCAGAUCUUCAGGUUCCUCGACUGUACGGCAUCACUACGACCAUAGCUAUAGCGAGUCUUAUGUCCCUCCUGAUGUGGGUUCUUACAGUAGGUCUCACCCUCACCAUGAGAGUGGUGGGCGACCUGUCACCCGCAGUAGAGAUUAUCGUAGUCGUGGACAUCAUACAGAUGGAAUGCAGCAUAAUGGUGGAUACAGUUAUUCCUCGCAUGCCAGUCAUCCUCAGCAUGUAGGUCAAGUACCAGUUCCACCAACUGCUAAUUUCCACCAGCAGAGUGGAUAUAACACUUCUACGAGCUAUGAACCUUACGGGGCUGGAAGCUAUAACCAACGUGGUGCUGGAAGGGCCCCUCAAACCAAUCAAAAUGUUAGAGGAUAUCAUCAUCCACAUCCUUCAGGAAAUCAGUUCUCAGCUUUAGGGAGGGGAGGAAGUAGACGGCCACCUUCUUCAGGGCAUCGUCGGUAGCGGGUUGUUUUUAGCCUGGACAAUCUAGGCUAAGCUCGGUUGCUGCCAUAGGAUGCGACGGAUCUUGCAAACGACUUACUUUCAGAAGCAGGUAGAAGAACAAAUAGUUGUUGCUUGUCAAUGAUAAUUAUCUGCAGGCCACUUUCUGGUGCUUGUCCUAACGGUAAUGUGGUAAUACUAGUUCUUUAGAUCUGUUUUUUUUUCAUAUUCUUUGUUGUAACAUAGAUGUCAUUAAGCUUCAUUUAUUAGAGCAAACACAUUGUAUUAUUGAAAGAUCAAUCUUGGAUGUAUAAGUAGUUUGGUUUAUUGCAUAAAUCGAAGAAAGGAAAACCUUUUCUCCCUACCUC